GGACGCUUCACUGACACCCUCCGCAGCUCUCCGCCCCCGCGGGCCUGCACGGGGGUCCGGUCCUCGCCCAGCGAGCAACCCCGCCGCCGCUGCCCAUCCCCGGAGUGUAAUGUAAAAACAACAUUUUCAUGUGAAAAUAGAAAAUGGCUUCAAGAGGAACAACAGAGACCAGUAAACUAAAACAAAACUUGGAGGAGCAAUUAGACAGAUUAAUGCAGCAACUUCAAGAUCUGGAAGAAUGCAGAGAGGAGCUGGAUGCAGAUGAGUACGAAGAGACCAAAAAAGAAACUCUUGAGCAGCUGAGUGAGUUCAAUGACUCCCUGAAGAAGAUUAUGUCUGGAGAUAUGACUUUGGUGGAUGAGCUCAGUGGCAUGCAACUGGCAAUACAAGCAGCCAUCAGCCAAGCAUUUAAAACUCCAGAAGUGAUUAGAAUGUUUGCAAAGAAGCAGCCAAGGCAAUUGAGGACAAGGCUGGCAGAGAUGGACAGAGACUUAAUGGUUGGGAAGUUGCCACGAGACCUGUACACCCAACAGAAACUGGAAAUUCUGACUGCCCUCAGAAAGCUUGGUGAGAAGCUCACUGGUGAUGAUGAGAUGUUCUUGUCAACAAAUGCUGGUACAGCCCUGAGCCAAUUUGAGAGAGUGUCCACUGACCUUGGAUCAGGAGACAAAGUCUUUGCUCUUGCAAGUGUUGAAGUAGAAAAGGCAAAACAAUGAAGAGGUUCGUGAGGCUUGUGUCUCCAGUUAUCAGCAGCAUUGGAUUUUGGUCAUACUACGUUUGGUUUUUCUAUUUCUUACAUGUUGAAAAAAAAGCAAAGCAAAACAAAAAACCCAAGCUCUAAAUCUCUUGGGUCCUUAACUAGAAGAUACGAAGUAAACAGCCUUAAGUGCACUUUGGGACCUUGGUGUCUGUACCCUUUAAGUAAUACAAGCUCUGAGGCUGAACACUAAGUGGAACUCUAGAACAAAAGCAUGGUAUGACUGUCUUUCGAAAGAGCCAGUUGUUUUGAACUCUUCUGAAUGUGUAUUUCUCUAACUAUUAAAACUUAAUCUUUUUUGCA